GCACAAAAUAUCCAAAGGAUGUACGUAGGACAUAGGGACAUCCUUUGGAUCAUCCUUAGAAUCUCCUUACGACGUCCCCUAAACAUCUGUGCUGUUACUGUUAAAAAGCAUCGUUCUUCGCGUGCAUCAACAUUGCAAAUUGAAGAUUUGGUAUCCUAUAUGGAAAAGCAUAGCCGUUUCACUGCCGGCCGGUUUAACGGAAAUGAGAGGAAACUGCAACUGCAGAUGCAGUGGGAUGAACUGUGCUGUGAAUGUGAAAAGGCUAAAUUCUCUACCCGGGCCAAAGAAGUCGGUCAAGCUGUGGCAUACUGUAUGGCGGGAUCUGAAGAGCGUUUCUUCGAGGAAAGCAAGCAAGUUAAGAGCUGAGCACUUACGCACAGGCAAUUUUCCAGCUGAAGAAGCCCCAUUGCAGAACAUUGAACAACGCGUAGUGUCUGCAAUUGGUUUAGAUUAUGUUGAGGGAAAUGUGCAUUGUCCUAAUAGUUGCGUGGAAGAAGAUGAAAAUAUUGAACGACUUGAGAUGGAUGAUGAAGAUCCCCUUUAUCAAAUUCCACAGACGUUAACUUUGCGAGAUACUAUCUUCGCAAACGAGGAAAGAUUGAAAGAGAAAUUUCCUAGCAUUGUUGAUGAGGAGCAUUUGACAUUACAAGAUGUCGAAGAAGCCGUACUGGAUUAUCCAGAUGCAGUCAUAACUGUUGCAGCUGCAGUAGCAGUUGAAGCUGAUUCCGAAACAAGAAGUUUGCCAGUUUCUACAAAAAGGAAGCCAAAUCCUAAAAAAAGAACAGCAGAGCUCGGUGUGCGGAAAUCCACUAUCACAUGCCCUACAACUGACGCUGCUUCGAGCAAUCGAAAAAACAGACAAUGUAUCAGUGUGCAGCUUGAAAACGCGCGUGAACAAUUCACCAACAUAGCACAAAGUAACGCCUCUGCAUUGAAGAUAAUAGCUGAAUCUAUUGAACGACUUGCGACGGUAGAAGAGAGAAGAGCCGCAAUCGAAGAGAGAAGAGCGAGGUCAGAAGAAAUGUCUUUGCAGUUAUUAAAGAAUAUAUCUGAAUAUAUAAAAUAUUUCUGUGAAAAAUAAGAGGGUCUAUCAGUUUUUACUGUAUUUUAAUUCAAUUUGUUUAUUUUAUUUUAUUGUACGCACUAUGCUUACAUACGUAAGCACGCACGCAUGCACGUGCAUACGCGCGCACACACACACACACA